AUAAACUCUCCACUCACGUCGUCAGUUUUGCAUCAUCACCUUCUUAACAAUCACUUCACUCACUGCACUUUAUACACAUUCAUUUACAAAACAAAUUGCGUCUAGUCAUGUCCAGAACUCCAAGUAUAUACAGUGACGCUCUUGAUACACUCCACUUUGAAGCAAUGGAUAGUACCACCAGCUCCUCUGAUCACAAUCAUCAGACAAACCUCCAGUCCACAACUAUGGGCUCACAAAACCAUAAUAUACAAUCUCUUGUUAGCGAAAAUCCAGGAAACCGCUAUGAAACGGUAGUUGAUCAAUUAGGAAAUGACAUGGAUGUGGAUGAGGAUGAGGAUGAAGACGAAGACGAAGACGAAGACGAAGAAGAGGAAGAAGACGAGGAAGAUGUAGAUGCGGAUGAUCACCCAUCUAGAAAUGACACUGAAAACUCACAAUCGGCUACUGUAUUGCGAACAGGAAGUAGCUCGGAUUCUACGAAUAUAUCGAGCAACGAAUUAAGAUUAGGACCUACAGCUGCUGUUGCUGCUACAUCAGGAAGGACAGUAUCCGUCCCAGUUGUGGAUGAGAAAGCUCAGAACGAGCUGAGGCGCAAGAUCAUGGAUAUCCAAAGAGAUCCCAAUAUCAAAUUUGCAGACAAGGCUGGAAUGAUACAGAAACUUAUGUCGUCCAAGUGGCAUGACUCGCAACGCUCAUCAGACAAUCAAAGCGGCGAGGCUGGGGCAGACGAUUUGAAAAAGACAUAUUAUAAUGAAGAAUUAAAUCAGUUGGGAUGCAAACACUAUAUGCGAGGGUGCAAACUCAAGGCCAACUGUUGUGGCAAAUGGUUCAACUGUAGGUUUUGCCACGAUGACGCCAGUGACCACGCAAUCGUCAGGAGCGAGACGAAAAUGAUGCUUUGCAUGCAUUGCCAGACAAUUCAGGCAGCCGCGCAAAACUGUAGACAAGGACUUGGACGAGAUUACUUUCACUGCCAAAAGUGUAAUGUGUGUAUGAAUAUUCAGCUCCAGAACAAUCACAAGUGUAUUGAGAGGAAUUUAGAAUGUGAUUGCCCAAUCUGCGGCGAAUUACAUGUUCACGAGAACUACAUCAAAAUCUCGUACCAGUGCCCUACAUGCUGGAAAUCAUUAGGCGACAUGUCAGCAUACUACUCAAAGAUUGACUCGCUACUUGCAGAGCAGACAAUGCCUCCAGAGUAUGCAAAUAUCUUUUCUGUUGUUAAGUCCGAGGCACCAUACCAUUUCCUGUAUCACAAAUGCGAUAAAUGCAAAGGAUACAAUACAAAAGUCUUGGAAACAUUUAAGCGUGUCAUGGAUGGCCAAGUCCAACUUGUGGAAAACGCUACUGCAGCGGGAGCAGCGGGAGCAGUACCAGAGAACAAUAUCUCUGGAAGCAGUAGUGGCCAUGCUGGGUCCUCUUCAUCAGCAGGGGCAGGGCCUUCUUCAUUGAAUACCAAUGGAGGGUCUUCUUCCUCUGGCGCAGGAACAGGCGCGACAUCUAUCAGCCUGACAAAUGUAACCUUACCCAGAUCGCCAUUGAUAGACGAAAAUGCGUCUGGUGACAUGACCAUGACUGGUAUCUCUGGCAACUCAGCGCCGUAGAAUUAUUUUCAUUGUUGUGAUCCUAC